AUGGAUUCCCUGGAUUCCUUCGAAAUACCUUACUCGAUUCCCUCGAUUUUCUGUAUCCUCCCAAUUGUAUUCAUUCCAAGGCCGAUGCCCAUCAUUUCGGAGGCUUCAAGUGAGCAGAUAGGCUCGCGCUGGCAACCUCGUGUCUGUCCGCUUGCCUGGCUUCGUGUAGACAUGACGGACGAGAGGUCGGACAGAGUGUGA